AUGUAUCAGUCACAACAUCCACUUCAAGAAACAACAACGGCCAUGUCUGUGGCGGAUCAGACUUUGACAAAGAAAGUUGCCGAUCGCUAUCUCAAGCGUGAAGUUCUUGGCGAAGGCACCUAUGGCGUCGUCUAUAAAGCCAUCGACACCAAGACAGAACAAACUGUUGCUAUUAAGAAGAUUCGUCUGGGAAAGCAGAAGGAGGGGGUGAAUGUCACUGCACUUAGAGAGAUUAAAUUGCUGAAAGAGCUGAAGGAUGCAUAUAUAAUUGAGUUGAUCGAUGUCUUUUUUCAUAAGGGGAACUUGCAUCUCGUAUUUGAGUUCAUGGAGACUGAUCUUGAAGCAGUCAUUCGAGAUAGGAAUAUUGUUCUUUCGCCAUCUGACAUAAAGUCCUACUUUCAAAUGACAUUGAGAGGACUUGCUUACUGCCACAAAAAAUGGGUCCUGCAUAGGGAUAUGAAACCGAACAAUUUAUUGAUAGGACAUCAUGGACAGCUUAAAAUUGCGGAUUUUGGUUUAGCUCGUAUAUUUGGGAGCCCAGAUCGAAGGUUCACUCACCAGGUUUUUGCUCGAUGGUAUAGAGCGCCUGAGCUGUUGUUUGGUGCAAAACAAUAUGGUCCUGUUGUGGAUGUUUGGGCUGCAGCUUGUAUAUUUGCUGAACUACUCCUACGCCGGCCUUUUCUGCAGGGGUUUGGAUGGGUUUGGGAUGUUUUGUGA